AUGUGGAAACAGUUUAUUCGGCCACUAUCGGCGGGUCGAAGGGCAUGUCGGUACGGUCAGCCUACCCACGAAACACGCUCACACUCCGUAGGAGCAGGAGAAAUCACCCCAGGAAUAUCAGCAUUGGAAUAUUACCAAAGACGGAUGGUGCUUGCCAGUAAGCUUCCCAAAAAAUCCAUUGCAGUUUUGGUGGGGAACAACGUCAAGUAUGCUUCCGGUGCUGUGUUCUACGACUUUCAGCAAAACAAUGAUUUGUACUAUCUAACAGGGUGGCUCGAGCCAAACUCUGUGGCUAUCAUUGAAAAAGUCCGCGAUAACGGCAACGACGAUGAUGUGGUUUUGCAUAUGUUGGUGCCCGAGUCUGCUCCAGCACAAGAGCUCUGGGAGGGUGCACGUAGUGGUACCGCUGGAGCGUAUGAGGUGUUCAAUGCGGAUGAAACUGCCCCAAUUGACGAUUUUGAAAUGUACGUUUCCAAGCUCAUCGCACGCAAUGAUUACGUUUAUUACGAUGAUCCCAACAAAAGUUCCAAGUCCAUGUUUGCUCUGUACUUCAGUGCUCCCCAGCCCAAGUACCCCAUGCAGAGAAUACUAGACCAGCACCUGAAAUCAGUGAGAUCCUUAACAAAUCUUGUGGCUCGACAGAGAGCCGUCAAGUCUGCGAGCGAAAUCGCAGUUAUGGCCAAGGCAGGUGCUGCCUCCAGUUCUGCCAUAGAUAAGUGUAUGGCUAUGACCAACGAGCUCCAGACAGAAAACGAGCUUGCUAAACUCUUGGAGUACCAGUUUGUUCGCCAUGGCUGUGAAAAACAUGCCUAUAUUCCGGUGGUGGCCUCGGGCAAUAAUGCGCUCACCAUCCAUUACACUAGAAAUGACGAUGUUCUUAAAAAAGACCAACUAGUGUUCAUUGACGCUGGAGGGAAACUCGGAGGAUACUGUGCGGACAUUUCUCGUGGCUGGCCUGUGGGCAAAUUCACCCAACCUCAGAAAGAUAUCUACAGUGCAGUUCUAGCUGUGAACAAAUCCGUCAUAGCAAAAUGUUCGCCUGGAAUUUCUCUCCAGGAACUUCAUAAUGUGUCAGUGGAACAUUUGAGUCAGGAAUUGAAGAAUCUUCCUGGCUUUAGUGGUGUUUCCCACAGCCAAAUUGCAAACAAACUUUACCCUCAUUAUAUAGGCCACCAUUUGGGAUUGGAUCUACACGAUGUUCCAACCAUAUCCCGCCAUCAAGGACUCGUACCUGGAAACGUUGUAACCGUGGAACCAGGCUUGUAUAUACCAGAGAGUUCUCAAUGGCCCAAAUGGUACCAUGGCAUCGGGGUUCGUGUGGAAGAUAAUGUUGCGAUUACAAGCAAUGGUCACCAAGUAUUGACCAACGCAGCUAAAGAGAUCAAAGACAUAGAGCGCCUCACAGGUAAUAGUUAA